UGCCUGCAGAGUUUUCCGUCCAGUGUCGGAGUAACAUCGUAAACGAGGACCACCUGACGGUAAGUCCGGACUAAAUGGAAGCAGCGGAGAAAACUCUCACUUACCGAGAUGACACCGGACUUCACAGCAACAAGCUGCUUAAACAUGCUAAAAAGGAGGACAGCAAGGACCAGCACACGGAGACAAACUGCAAGGAGUCCAAUUAUGUGGAUCUGGACAUGAGACCCGACGGGCUGAAGACGGUGAAAGUGACUUUCACCGGAGAGGGGAACCAGCUGUCUGUGAUCAAAGCGGACAGCUCGAAGCAGGAGGAGAGCAAAACCGCCUCGGCCGAGUCCCCGCUGGAAACCCUGACCAAACUCCCCACCGCAGACCCGGACUCAGAGAGCGAGAAGCAGGCUGAGUUGGACUCCAGCGAGUGCAGCGACAGCGGUGAGCUGCGCUACACCGACAUGUGUCUGAACGGCAAGAGCGACCCCGAGCUGUCCGAGUCCCACUACAUCACCACGCAUGAGAUCCAGCUCACCGAGCUCGACCACGACGUGGACUACGACCUGGGCCGCGGGACCCGCUGGGAAUUUGAGGACGGCAACCUGGUCUACGCCUUUGUGGAUUACGCCUCAUUCGAGAGCGACGACACCCAGGAGGGCACCCUGGUCGUGGAGCGCGGCCGGAGCCAGCCGAAGGCGCAGUCUAAUCUUAGCGGAGCGGCUGUCAGCACCGAGCAGGAGGAGAGUGAUCUGUGCGCCAGUUCGGAUGAGAGUCUGUGCAGAACCCAGAGUGGCGGUGACCCGUCUGGAGGGAAGAUCCACCUGUCGAUUAAAACCUCCUCCAGGGCGGUGAACGAUCCCGCAGGCGCGUUAGACAAUAGCGCGCAGUGGUGCGCCAAACACCUUGGAGAUGGGAGCCAUUUCUCUUUUGUGAACCCUGGCGCCAGAGCGGGGCCCCUGUGCGAUAGGGGUCAAUAUUUCAUCCCGGCUCCGGGCCGUCAGCACCUUGCAACCAAACUGAGACGGAAAGAUAUUAAUGAGUAUUCCAGCGGAGCGUCCAGCUCUAUCAGUGAGCUGGACGACGCUGAUAAAGAGGUGCGUAACCUAACCGCAAAGUCUUUCCGAAGCUUGGCAUGUCCGUACUUUGAUGCCAUCAAUCUCAGCACUUCCAGUGAGUCAUCCAUGUCAGAAUACGGCUUGAAUAAGUGGUCAGCUUAUGUGGACUGGAAUUAUGGAAAUAUUACACACAACACCUCCAGUGCAACACUGGAAAUGAAUAAGACAGUGCAGGACAGUAAGAGGAACAACAGAUGCAAAACUGGCAUGAAAGAUCAACAGACAAGAAUCUGUGCCCUGAACAAGAGAAUUACUUCACAGCAGACAUCUUCAGGCAGAACUCUCCAAAUGAAGGAACAGUCAGCACAGCAAGGGGUCACACUAAAUUUUCACUGUAAUGUUGAAUCCAGAACUCCCCGGAGCUCCAAGUGCUUCCAAAAGGAUCGACCCAAUGAAAUGUUGGCCAGAUCGGGGUGUGAGAUGCAGUAUCAUCACACAGAUACCUCGGGGGACACACACAAGAGGGCUAUUUUUGCCUCGAGUCUGCUGAAAAAUGUCAUUUCCAAAAAAAUGCAGUUUGAACAGGAACGCAAAAUGGAGAGGGGAGAAAUCUCAGACACUCACCCCUCAGGCUCCCCCUGUAUUCACUACAGAGAUCUGGAGGGCUUGAAGGAGAGGAGUGAGAGCAGCUUGCAUGGCCAAAACUCAGAAAUAAGAAACUCUGGGAACUCCCCUGAAGAUCACAGAUCCAGAUCCAGCUCCUGUGGGCCUGCAGAGGAGACAAAGGGUGACAGAAAGGCUGCCGAUUGUUCAGGAGAGCAUCAAGAAACACCACAGGAGCCGCAGUCAGGGAAGGAGGCAGAUUCAGCAAGAGAAAGUCUGGACUCUAGCAGCGUUCUGACGAAGCUUCUGUUUGUUCCAAACUGCCAGCUUCUUUCAAAAGACGGAGACCUGGCAGAGGGUUUAACCCCCAACACACCCGGCACAAGUGCAAAGACAUGCGAGAAAGACCUGCAAAAGUUGCAUGAUCAAAAUGCAGAAAGUAAAGAAAAACAUGAGAGGGCGGGGAAAGCACCCGAGAUCAAAAUCUGCCUGAGAAACGUGAAAGAAAACAAAGGCUGCACUCUGAAUAUUGCAAAUCUCCUAACACCCAAAAUCAGUAACAACAUCAACAAAUACAGGGCAGCUGAUAAUGGCAGGUGUCAUAUUUUAUCCUCAGGAGACAAGGCUCCGAGUUUCACCGUCAGAGACAUCAGGGACACAAAGUGCAAAUUUCAGACACCAAUAUAUCACGUCAGGGAUGUGCGUAAGUUAGUGAAAAGCUCGUACCGUUUUGUCUCUUUGAACAGAAGUGACCGUAGAUGUUCCACAGUGGCCGAGGAGAAAACUAAAGUGGAUGCAGAAAAAACAUCCCCAAUUGUGAUCAAAUGCAACUCUGUUAAUACAAACAUUAAACCAGAGUCAGGUGACACAACACGGGCACAAGUGGAGGUAGACAACAUGCCUGACACCUCCUGUAGAGUUGCCACUGUUAAGGCAAGAGAAGGAAAUCCCGAUCAGCCAGAGAUGCAUCAAAAUCUUGAGGCCAAACUGGAAACACAGAGACAGGAUAGAUUCACUGGGGAGACAAAUGAAAGGAGAAAUGACCCCGCAAUGCCAAAACAAGAUGCCCUAGAAAAGCUCAAGGCUGCAGUUAAAACCAUGGAGCAGCUUUACGUUUUUGACAGGAAUGAAUGGAAGCGUAAAACCCAAGCCUCUCACCCGGUCGCAGACAGCCACGUGCUGCCACUCCUCACCGUGCAGGAUCAGGGAGCUGCAGAAGAGCAGGAGGUGAAAAACAGUGGCAGGAUCCCUCAGUUCCUCACAAACGGCAAAGAAAUUCAGAAAAGCCAAGGAGAUAGAAGAUCUCUGAAUAUCAUUCAUGUUCCAUACAACCAUGACACUUUUAAAACACAAUCGCAGCAAAGUAAAACCUUCACCAACAAAAGCGUUCUGCAUUUUGCCAAUAAGAAACACAGCAGCAUAAAUGCACAAGAUUCUGCUUUGCAAGCAUCCACUGUAGUGAGAAGCUCCAAAACGUCGACGAUUAAACCAGCAUCUGUGAAAAUGGUGGAUAAGGAUAACGCCAAAUCCAGUUUCACAGAUCCCACCACUACAAAGGGUUUUCUGGACUCUGAGAACUACCUAACCAUGCCAGGGAUUGGUUGCACGAACGAAACCAAGCUCCUCAAUCAGAAGGGGGAUUCAAGUUUUAGCAAAACAAAUUCAGGUGAUAGCAAGGUGCCAGAGCAAAACAGGUCACAUGUAACCUUGGACUGUCCAUCUGCAACUAUCUACCACCUUCCAACAGCAGCGACAAGUCCUCAAAAGCAGCAGCAGGUGUUACGCUUCUCCCCCUCCAUCAAUAUGUCCCCAGCACCCUCCGGAGGAGAAAUAGUCCCUCAAACCCAGCGCAAGAUGCUCCUGGACCCCACAACUGGACAUUAUUACCUGGUGGACACUCCCAUACUGGCCACCACCAAGAGACUUUUCGAUCCAGAGACAGGCCAGUACGUGGAUGUCCCCAUGCCUCACUCACCCAUCGCCUCCGUACCUUUUUCGCUACCCCCCCUAGCUCUCGCCCCCACCUACGUGGUCUACCCAGGCUUCAUCUCUCCUACGUUGGCAGCCCAGGCGGUGAUGCCGCAGUCCCCCUGUCACUCAGAGGAUGCAGCAGGAGAAAGCAUCAAAAGUAAUCAGAUGAGCCCAGAGAAGGCUUACUACAGCGCAACGGCAGAGGCUCAGCAGGGGCCGCUUCAUCUGCCGCUGUCCACUAAAGGAGGGCCUGGAAGCUCUGACAAAAAGGCACUUAUCAGCAUCACAACACAGCAGGGUCCAAGAAUCAUCGCUCCACCCUCGUUUGAUGGGAAAACUAUGAGCUUUGUGGUUGAGCAUCGGUGACCAAGAGGACUUCUCUUCACAUAUAUAGCUCUGCUGAGGAAUCCGCCUUCAUUCACUGUAAGUGGAGUUUUCAUCCUGUGACCCGCUCUCUGGACAACUUCCACCAUCAGCCCUUCACCUGCCUCUCUCUGUUCUGCCGUUUGUUUUUGUGUUUUGUUUUUUUUCUGUAUGCAUUGUAGCACUUUAUAGAUAUGAAUCGUAGAGAUACUUUCCAUUCAGGUGAUGUGUAGAUUGGUCUGUAUUCAAAUACCAUGUGUGCCCUGCAGUCUAUUCAAAAGGAAACAGUCACAAUAAAAUGUUAUUUACGGCCAAUCUGUUUUAUUAAUACGUUAAUGGUAAUAUGUAUUUAAAGUUAGACUGUGUUUAUUUGAUAAAGCACAAUAUACUCACAUGAGUAAAAUUUAUGUACAUAAAAAAUAAAAAGUAGCAUCAUUAAAGUCAGAAUGUUUGUUUCUAGAACAUGGUAGUCUUCUGUCACCUGCUUGAUGACAAUAAACACUAGAUAUGCUAUUAUUAACUAUCUAAUCCAUAAUGUCAUGGCUCUUAAUAGAGGGAUCAUAAAGGUAUAAUUUAAUACAAACCAAAUUUAUUGUCGAGACACAUUUGCUUGCUAGCUUGUGCUCUUAUCACUAUUUUAUUGACGGUUUGCUAAAAACACAACUAAAAAGAAAAGUUUCUGAUUUCAGCAGAGAAAUUGUAGCAAACUGGAAGUUAGAUUUUUCUCUUCCUGGUCGAUCCGUUACUGAAGGUCACAAGGGGAACAGAGUCAGUCACAAAUUCAAAACAUUCUUUCUGGGGAAUCCUGCUGUUUGAUGUUACUGAAAUCCUGGAGCGAUCACAUGUUGUCACCUGGUUGCUUUAAUGUAUUUAUGGUGACCUAGAAGAAAAAUAAUUUGUGUUUUUGUUGUCAAGGAUAUUCUAAAUGAAGUAGAGAUUGCCCAUUUGAAUGAGGCUUAAAUAAAAUAAAUAAAGUUAGAUAUUUAUUAUCAAAAUUCUAAUUAUUUUUGGAAUAACUAAAAUCAGAAGAUUGCUGCAAUGUGCAUUUAAUGUGAACGCUGGGAUGUUUGGAAAAUGCACCAGCAGCCUUUGGCGGCAUAUCAUAGCGGUGUGGUGGUUUGAGGCAAAUAGGGGAAAAUUAACUAUUGGAAAGCCAAUGACUGACAACUCUAAUGUUGGGUAGGGUGGCAUACCAGACCUUACACCCCAUCCAUAUGUUUGUAUUUUCUAGCUUUGACCAAUAAGUAGAAAAUAUCCAGAGCAGUUGUCCCAGUGCAGCAUCUUUGUUUCAUUUGUAGGUGGUUUUGACAAGCUUGGAAGCAUUUUACUAUGGUAUUUCCCAUCUGUUUGGCAAAAAUGCAAUUGUUGAAGUACCAAGACUUGAACAUUUUGAGGUUUCUCACCAAUUAAGACUGCCACUCCUGUUCUAAAAUCUGUGUGGUCAAAGUUUCCUCAGGAGCUAAGUAGAUUAAAUGCUGAGAAAUAAGCUGUUUUUGGCUUGUGAUGCUAAAUAAAAAUAUGUUUCUAGUGUGAAGACUAGAAACCUGAUGAUGAGUAGGUUUGGCAUAACACAUUUCUGAGAUUUGAGCUUUACCUAAUGAAUGAUGUCUAUAAACCUAGGCACCAGUUUAAACUCAUGAAGAUAAUAAAUUAAGGAUAAAUUUGAUAUUUUUGAAAGAAACUCAGCUUAAUCAUCCUUCAAAAUAAAACUCCGGUCUUUCAAGUUUAAGAGAGGCUGGUGUUAGAGUUUGUUUCUCUAGGCUGAUGUUGACUCAGCAUAGAUAUAAUUGUAUAUAUGUGCAACAAUUAUUACUUUUUUAUGUGACACAAUGGUAUAAUUCAGACAUGGUAAGUUAUUUUAUUGAACUGAGUAGCUUUAAGCAAAUCAUCUCUCUCUAUUGGCACACAUAUAUAUAGAUAAAUAUAAUUCUGACCUAUCAAUAAUAUCUAUUGGGCUCUUGUUCAGAUUCCUGUGGAGGCAUUCCUGACACAUCCAAGUAGAAAUAAAAGAUCAGAGGAUGGGCCCAGAAUACUCUGAAGGAGUUACAUACCCUGUCCUGCACUGGAAUGUCUCAAGGUCCUCCAGGAAAAAACUGGAAAUGUUGCUGAAUGGAAAGAGUCAUGGACCAGCAGAGGGGAAAAAAUGUCGUAUUAGCCCAUGCUGUACUAUACUUUGGCAUACAGUAUCAGCAUGCCAAAGUGUAAAAUGAACGUUGAAUCCCCAAAAAGUAAUGACUCCAAAGUCUAAAUAGAUAUGGACUUGUUAGAGUUGUCUUAAUAAAAGAUGAGAUCAUGUGGAUUACUGCUGGGUAAAAGUCCUCUAAACUACUUUCAACAGUGUAGUUUUGCAUAAAAAAAGGCUUUAAACACUUGUGAUCUUUCACACUUAUCUGAGGAAAGGGACCAUUUACUGAAUGUUGAAUCACUCCAGACCUUCUGCUGCAGUGUGUCUGGUCCAUUACAUGUGUAAAAUCAUUACAUUUAUUUUCAAGUAAACAACAGUCAUUUCAAAAGAAUCUGGUUUUCCUUUGUGUGCUGCCACUAAACCCUUCCACAGUAACCUAUUGGUAUCAAUCAGCUUUUCUGCUCACAUCAACUCCUUGUUGCGGCCAGUGAAAUGCGCCUUAAUGCCCACCAGCAUGAUGUAUAAAUGAAGUGUUUUAUUAUUAUUAUUAUUAUUAUUAUUAUUAUUAUUAUUAUUAUUAUUAUUAUUAUUAUUAUUAUUAUUAUUAUUAUUAUUAUUAUUAUUAUUAUUAUUAUUAUUAUUUCCUUGAUGCACACCUCUUGCUUUUACUGUUGAGGUGAGAUGAGUAACACUAUGCAUGUUGCUCAGAUGAAAACAGAGCUUCGACUCAGAUUUAGCACUGAGCUCAGGUCACUAUAAGUAGCGUCGGGCCUAAUGAGUCGGAGCCAACUGAGACAUUUACAGGAUAACUUCCUCUAUUUGUCUUGGUUCAGUUUACACUUUUGUGUAAUGAGAUGGGAGUGGGUGUGCUCGCGUCUGAAUGUGUCCGUGUUUGUGGUCGCGAGCUAUGCGUGGCAUUCGAGCAUUCUGUGAGCACAACGAGGAGUUGCGUUACUUCCCUGCAAACAGGAUCGCACAUGUGUACAUGUGUGAAGCGUGUCUUUACGAUUAGCACACACUGUAAUACCAGGUUUUAAAGACACUUUAGAGCGAGCUGUUUGGUGCAAAACUAUAAUUACAAUUACUAUCCAAAAUGAAUUAAUGAGGGGGGGUUUUUCCCCCUCCUUGAUUCUGUCUUUUUCGAUAUUUAAACAAGAAUAUUUUGAUUCUUUUUAAUACAUUUUCUGUCCUGUUUCCCACUGAAUAUGCAGCAGGGCCUCAUUGGUCUUUGUGCUAACAUGAACCAGCAUCCCUCUGAGCAUAAUACCAACUGUAGAUUUGCUAUUUGCAGAAUAUUUCAAAACUAAGCACAAACUAAAAGGUAUUUGGAGCUGCUGGUCAGUCUACUUACCUCCGUUUAAAAUACAUAUCGUUUCCCAAACUCGUGCCCUAAAAGUUUAUUUUACUAAGAUUAGUCCAGGUUUUGAACACAUUUUGUUAACUUUUCUGAAGGGUUUGCUCUCAAGAGCCUAAUUGACAGUGCAAUGUUUGAUGCAGUUUGAGGUGCAUUGUAGCCUGAAGCUGUUGGGAACAGUUUAAAUCAAGCUACUGAGACCUAAACAACCUGUAAGAAAACAAACACAGAUCACCUGAAAACUUGACAUGGCGUUUCCAGUGUUGGAUGACUGAAAAAAAAAUUGCAUUUCUCUAAUUUUUAAGAUCUUUUAAGCUCAUUUUACUGGAACGUGUGAAAUUUGAAAUGUAAAUUUUAUUUCAUUUUAUUUUCUAAAUAUUGCACUUGGGCGGUCACCAAAAAAUAACAGCACUAACUGUAAAUGGCUGUAACCGUGGGUGACAAAAGCACUAUUGAGACAUUUUUAUCUACCAUUUUUAUUCUUUAUGUAAAGAAUAAGAUGCAGGUUAUGUUAUACAGUACCUUCCAAAAGUAUUAAUACCUUUGGUCAAAAUAUUUUGUUGGAAUUUUAUGUGAUAGAUCAACAAUAAGAUGUCUAGUACAUCUUAUUGUUAUGCGCCAUAAGGGGAAUAAAGGGAAUACAAUGCUGCAAAAUAAUAAUAAUAAUACUUUUUUUUUUACAAAUAAAUAUUUUUAUUGGUGAACCUUUGACCCUGUCUCAGGUCAAAGGUUCACCAACAGGCCUGUCUUUAGCGCCACCCAUCUUCCCUGUUGUGAAAGAACAGCACUCCCACAGCAUGAUGCUGCCACCACAAUGUGUCAUGUUGAGGAUUGUGUGCUCAUGAUGAUGUUGGUUCUUCAUCACACAACAUUUUGCAUGGAAUAUCAAAACAAAUGAGGAUGUUUUGGUUGAAUAGCCCCUUUCAGCCCCUCUCCUAUUGUUUGAAAAUAAAGUAAAUUUUUUUUCUCAGACCUCACAAUUAUGUCCUCCUUGGCAUUAAUCUAUCAAAUAAAAUCCUAAUAAACCUUUCAAGAAUGUGGCUGUGAUGUGUUGAAAGGAUAAAAUAGGAUGAAUACAUUUGCAAGGCUCUGUAUGUUUUGAAACUUUGUCAAGGAGAACUUCAGGAUCAUGGCAUCGCGUGUGAAUGACGCAUCAACGCAGGAGCACUUCUUAUUUUUUGCUUUCAAAAAUGAGGCAUACAGAGAGGAUAAUCUGUCUGAAAUUGGUGUCAUUGCUGAAUUAAGCAGCAUAUGAAUCAUGAAUCAUAAAUGGUGCCGGUGAUGUUCUGUACUAUUCACAUGCCAUGUCAUGAUAUCUGACGGGAUUUCAGGGUUAAACAUGGGAAAAUGACAGCAUCAGUGUUUUGUGUAGCGGACGAGGAAAGUGUUAACGUGAGAUGGUCUGAGAUACGUGUAUACAGAAGGUUUAAAAAUAAGUCGCACAGGACUGAACUCUGUUUGAAUUGAUGCCAUCACUGAUUUAAAACUGCCGUCUGUGGCUGUGAAGAAGACAAAGGUCAGGAUGAAAAGGAAAGGGAAAAUUCUUUGAAAAGGGAAAGUGAAUGCAAAUUUAGCAUUUCCUGCAACAUUCGCUGUACUGAAAAGAAUAAGUGUGAUGGAUGGAUGUAAUGUAGACUGAUACAUUUACAUUUGUUUGCAAUAAAUGUAAAAAUGCGAGACACUGAAA